GCUCAUGUGAUUUGUGUUUUCAACAACACAGGAAAGGUUUGACAGUUUCGGGGGUUUUUGGACUCUGUAUUUAAACAUUUAACUUUUACAUUGUAUUUUAGACUCUCUCUGAGAAAACGUGUAUUGAGCAAAGUGAAGCCGCGAUGUCCAGCAGCUACCAGAUUGUGGUGCAGGGCGAGGCCUCUGAGACAGACUCUGAUGAUGAAGUCUACAUCACCUCCAUGCCACCUCCCCAAACUGUCACAGUCGGAGCCAAGGUUCCUGGGGAGGCGUCUGAAACAGACAGUGAGGGUGAGGAGGAGGAGCAGGCGGACCGAGCAUCCUCACUGAGCCAGGAGAGCACUCAGAUACUCAGGAGAGACCUGCCUCCUCUUAUUGUAGUUAGAGACCAUCCUGAUAUACAGUCCAUCGUGGAAGACAGGCCAAGUCCCACACACAGGCCACAAGGUGAGACCCUUCUACAACAGAAGCUGCAGGAAUCUAACAGCCGGCUGUUUACUGACGUUGCACAGACACUACGGCAUGUUUAUGGCAGUGCCACUCGAGAAGUGCAAAGUGCAACAGCUCAGCUGAAUACGUCGCAGAGCGCCAUCAUCAACGCCUCCCACAGCAUCCGAUUAAUCCUGGACGACCUCAAGGCUGUGUCCGAGAAGAUCGACAUCAUCACCAGCUGUCAAAUACUGCCUGAUAUUAACAUCAAUAAUCCAAAUAAUUGUACUGCUCCUGCACCUUGAAGAAUCAAAUCAAUAUUUAUGUGUAAAAUAUCAUCAUGGGAAUAUUUUCCAUGAAUAUCAGAGAGUAGAAGAAAAAGCAUGUUAGCUUUACUUCAGUGUUUACGAACAGCACCCAUGCAUAUGAACAAAUAUGUAUACUGAACAGUCACACACUAUUUAUCUGUCAGGUUUCUCUGUCCUUGUGCCUGGAGCUCUGGGGAUAUUUCUGUAAGGAGUAGAAGUUAAGGAAAUAAAAGCAUGUCCUGUCA